AAGUCAACAUCCAUAUCGACUGCGAAACGACUCGCCGAGUUUCUGGGAGACGACAUGGUGAAAGAUGCGGGUCUUGCGUGUCGUUUCAUUAUCUCGAAAAGACCAAUCGGCUCACCCGUGACCGAUCGUGCCAUCCCACUUGCGAUAUUUCAAUCAGCACCAGCAAUCGCUGCACAUUAUCUGAGGAAAUGGACUCACGACAGUGAGAUUACAAAGGAUAAUAUCGAUAUUCGUAAAAUAAUUGAUUGGGAAUAUUAUAUCGAGCGAGUUGGUAAUACCAUUCAGAAGAUUGUCACCAUUCCGGCAGCGCUACAAAAUGUGCCAAAUCCCGUUCCCCGAAUACCCUAUCCAGACUGGUUGGAGAACAAACGUCGUCAACGUGUCAACGAUCAUAAACAACCAAAAAUCAACGAGAUGUUCCGAUCACUCUCGAAUAACGCGAGUAAUACUGAUGAUGGUACUACCAACAGUGCCAGUCAGCAACAACGUGAUAUCGAAGAUAUUACACCUCGAAUACGAGUAGUUGGAGAUGGAGAUGAGGAUAUUGAGACACUCGAAAAGGAUUCAUCGCUUUCAACAAACGGAGUAGGAAAUGUAUCAGCACGAAAACGAUUGAGAGAAGAUGAAAGUGAUGAGUUGAAUUCGUCAGUAAAAGUUCGACGGAAAGGUAAAAUGAAGCAGUCGAGAACUGACAAAUCUUUAGGGCAAAUUGAGGGUGAGAUGGCAUCGUUGGUGAAGAAGACGAUCGUUGAUGACGGUCUUGAUGCUUGGAUUAAGUGA